AUGUCGACUACAAUGCAUACCUCCAAUGACGACGUCCAUAUCGACGAUGCUGACGUCUCUUCGGAUCGCGAUGAACGUACACAAAAGUUCAGCUCGCCUCAGCAACCCCUGAAGCCGCAGAUCCCUCAGCGCAGCCAUCAGCGACAGCGAACCCCUUCCCUUGCGGACAAGCCUCGAACAGAAUCGAGCGCAACAGCAGAGUCUACAGCAGCUCUCGUAUCCGAGACCGCCUCAAGCACCAGCACUCCUUCGUCUGUGCUCCUUUCCCGAGCCAGACUCGGUUACAACAAGAUGCCAAACCCUCACUACGACUUUCUCAUCAAGCUUUUGCUGAUCGGUGAUUCCGGCGUCGGCAAGUCGUGCUUGCUGCUGCGAUUCUGCGACGAUGCCUGGACCCCCUCUUUCAUCACGACCAUUGGUAUCGACUUCAAGAUUCGCACCAUCGAGCUCGACGGAAAACGCAUCAAGCUUCAGAUCUGGGACACGGCAGGUCAGGAACGUUUCCGCACCAUCACCACCGCCUACUACCGCGGAGCCAUGGGUAUCUUGCUCGUCUUUGACGUAACCGACCAAAAAUCGUUCGAGAAUGUACGAACGUGGCAUGCCAACAUUGAGCAGCACGCCAGCGAAGGUGUCUCCAAGAUUCUUAUCGGCAACAAGUCGGACUGGGAAGAGAAGCGCGCAGUGACGUCCGAGCAAGGCGAAGAACUCGCCAAGGAGCUCGGCAUCCCAUACAUCGAAACCUCGGCCAAGUCAAACGCAAAUGUCGAAGAGGCUUUCUUCAACCUGGCACGUGAAGUCAAGACGCGCCUCAUCGACACCGCCGCGGUCACACAAGCCUCACCGGCAGCAGCAGCGGGCAACGUCAAUGUCAACUCGGCUGCCAAGACCGGGCCAGCCGGCGGCUGUUGCAGCUGA